CUGUGCCAUCACACAGCUACUUAAUAUAAAAGGACAGCGGCGUGGAGAGUGUCUAUUGAGCGCCAGUCUGGCCCCCACUAAUGUAACAAUGGGAAAGAUCAUAUUCUACGAGGACAGAAAUUUCCAGGGUCGGCACCAUGAGUGCGUGAGCGACUGUGCUGACCUGCACGCCUACUUCAACCGCUGCAACUCCAUCCGGGUGGAGAGCGGCUGUUUCAUGGUGUAUGAAAGACCCCACUAUCUGGGCCACCAGUACUUCCUUCGCAGGGGGGAGUACUCCGACAACCAGCGCAUGAUUGGCAUCAACGACUGCAUCCGCUCCUGCCGCAUGAUUCCCAUGCACCGUGGUUCCUACAGAAUAAGAUUGUAUGAGCGUCCAGAUAUGGGCGGCCAAAUGCAGGAGGUGAGCGACGACUGCCCUAACGUCCAGGACCGCCUGCGUAUGUCUGACAUUAACUCAUGCAAUGUGGUUGACGGCCACUGGCUGAUGUAUGACCAGCCCAACUACAGGGGAAGACCCUACUACCUGAGACCCGGCGAAUACCGCAGAUACAGUGACUGGGGCGGCGCCAGUCCAAGGAUCGGCUCACUCAGGCGAAUCACUGACUUCAACUAGAAGUCUUUUGAACCUUCUUCCUCUCUCUGUUCUCAAUAAACACUCUGGGCUUUAA